AUGAAGUCAAUUCUCUCCUUGGCGCUUCUGCCUCUAGCACUCUUUACCGGUGGCUCCAGCGCUCACCUCCAUGGUCCUCACCUCCAUGCUCGCAAUGAUUGUCGCUGCCUACCCAGCGAUGACUGCUGGCCGUCCGAUAAAGUGUGGGCCAAGUUCAAUAGCACCGUCAAUGGCGCUCUUAUUGCAACCGUGCCACUUGGCUCGCCCUGCCACGAGCCUAACUACGACGAGGAGGCUUGCGCCGCUGUGAAGGCUGAUUGGAAGUGGCCCAUGACACACAUCGAGACUUCAUCCUCGGUUAUGCAGAACUGGUUUGCCAACCAGUCUUGCGAUCCGUUUGUGACAAAGUCAAAGCCUUGUACUCUUGGCAACUAUGUCAGCUACGCUGUCAAGGUGUCUGAUGCCCGCGAUGUUGCUACCGCUAUCAAGUUCGCCAAGGCAUACAACAUCCGACUAGUCGUCCGAAACACAGCCCAUGACUACUUUGGCCGUUCUACUGGUGCUGGUGGUCUCGCGAUCUGGACCCAUCACAUGAAGAAGCAGGAAGUCAUUCAACAAUGGUCUGACAAGCUGUAUACUGGCCCUGCUCUUAAGCUUGGUGCUGGUGUUCAAGGUUAUGAUUCUGUUGAAUUUGCCGGUGCCAAUGGCCUUACUAGUGUGCCAGGCGAGUGCCCUACUGUUGGUCUUGCUGGUUUCACUCUUGGUGGUGGCCACUCUCCUCUGAGUACUAGCUUCGGCAUGGGCGCUGAUAAUGCCCUUGAGUACGAAGUUGUCACUGCUGAUGGCCAAAUUAUUACUGCCACUGCUACUAACAAACACAAAGAUCUUUAUUGGGCAAUGAGCGGUGGUGGCGGUGCUAGCUUUGGUGUAGUGACAUCUAUGACGGUUCGCGCCCAUAAGACCACCACCAUUGGCGGCGCAAAGCUUACGCUCGUCGCUGGCGCAGACAAGGAUGCGUACUACGCCGCUGUCAACAGAUUCCACGAGCUUCUGCCAGGUAUGAUUGGCAACGAUUCCACCGUUACCUAUAUUCUCACCGGAGCCUAUUUCGCCAUCACACCCGUUACUAUUGCGAACUCCACUGGUGACUUCGUGCGUGAUACCAUCCUCGCUCCCUUUACCGACUACCUCACGAAGGCUGGCCUUACAUUCACUGCCUCCUACUCUACCCUGAGCUUCCGCGACCACUAUGCGCUCUACAAUGGCCCUCUGCCCGGUGGUUCUCUUCAAGCUGCUCAAUUCCAGUGGGGUGGCCGUCUCAUCCCCAACUCAGUAGUUGCCGGUGCCGACUUCAACAAGCUUACUCGAAAGUUUGCCUCCACUGGACUUGUUCUUGCUGGUAGCGCUGGCAAGUUCGAGAGCUUGCCUGGUGUUUCCAACGCUGUUCCCUCUGUGUGGCGUAAGGCUAUGAUCUCACUACAGUUUGGAUCUCUUUGGGAUGCUACCCGUUGGGAUGAUAUGGCUGCCGACCAGAAGAAGAUGACUGAGGUGUAUAUGCCCCAGCUGAAGGAUGUUACCCCUGGAAGCGGUACAUAUAUGAACGAGGCUGAUUUCAAUGAGCCUGAGUGGAAGGAGGUAUUUUAUGGUGAAAACUGGAACCGCCUGGUGGAUAUCAAGAGGAAGUACGAUCCCCAUUCCUUCUUUUACAACUACAAGGGUGUUGGAAGCGAGGCUUGGACCGUGGAGAAGAACGGCCGUAUGUGCAGAGCUUAG